AGUAACAGUUCUUAUAAUUAUACGGAGAACAAUACGAUACUUGAGUAGAGAAUCACGUGGGUCCUUGACGAAGUGGCGCUUCUUCCAUGGUUUAUCAACCCCCCACCAAAGGAAGACUUCCUCUCGACUGUUCUGCGUCCCGUUGGGGGUCCAGUUGGCUGUUCUUGCUGCGAGAAAUGCUUUUUAUCCGUGUCGCGAUGCCCCCGCGAUCAAAGUGCCGCCUCUCUGUCGAUAUAACCACGCCUUGAGUGGAGAGAACUGUGGAUUUACCGGGUGUGUCGCAUUCUAUUAAUCGCUACCACUAGAACGUCUGGAGGCGCUUUAUCACCAUGGAGCAAGCUAGCGACAGUACGCCGUCGCAGGCGGAUUCGCUGCAGGUUCCGACGAGACAAUCAAAAAGCAGUUCAAACCCUCUCAGUUCCCCGGGAGAGACGCCGCAGACUUCGUCGGGGAGAAGUGACUUUUUCGCCGCUCACGGGGCUCCAAGACCAGUGCCACCGUCGAAUGCAAAGGUUGCGAUACCGCGACAGCGAACAAACACCGUCCAUCGAGCGACCCGACGGGUGCCGAGAGCCUGCGAAUCUUGUCGGCAGCGAAAGACAAAAUGCAGUGGCGAUACGCCUGUUUGCCGCCAAUGUCGUGAACUCAGGGUACAUUGCCAAUAUCCAGUAAGCUGGCGGGAGAGAACAAAAAAGCAGAUGGACCGGUUGACCGCAAGAGCCCAUGACUUUGAGGCUCUGCUGAACGAGAUCGGCAAUAGCGUGGGAGGAAAGACUGCAGAGAGCAUCCGCCAGUUGCUAGACAAGCAUUCUCUAGAUCAUGACUUUCAUUCAGCCGACCCCAAUUCCCAUUCCGAAGUUUCUCGUGACGAACCUGAGAUCAGCUCACCGUCCUCAAUUGGAUCCCUGGAUGCCAUUGACAGAGUUGAAGAAGACCUCAACCGAAGCGAGAGUUCCCGCGCCACUGGAUAUAUGGGGAAGAAUUCAGAAGUUGUUUGGAUGCAAAGACUCCUCAAGGAAGCCGAGCAGCGCUCGAAAGGGCAGGCAGGCACCUGGGAACCGGAUAUGGAACACUCACCAUCCGGUGCUGACCUCUCUAUCAACUCAAUGAAUUAUCAUCUCGACGACAUAGAUAUUUCUGUCCCGGAACCAGUCCAGAUGGACUGGAUCCCUCCACGAAAUAUCGCGGACCAUCUUUUUGAAGACUAUUUGAAAACGGUUCAUCCUUUCUUCCCCAUUAUCAACCGCCCCCUCUUUACCGCACAGUACACCACAUUCUUCGAUCGCCACGGUCAACCUAAUGCUAAGUGGAUGGCCAUUUUGAACAUGAUCUUCGCUAUCUCCGCCAAGCAUGCGCAUCUUACCCAGGCUCCAUGGCGUGGGGAGGAGAAGGAUCACUUGUACUACUUUACUAGAGCAAGGUUCCUAAGUAUGAACGGAGACGUCCUCUUCAGCCAUCCAGAUCUUCAACAAGUCCAGGUGGAAGGGUUAAUCUCGUUCUAUCUGCUUGCAUCUGAUCAAAUAAAUAGGGCGUGGACAAUAUCCGCCUUGGCCAUCCGUUCGGCAAUCUCAUUGGGAAUAAAUAUGAAGAUCAUGACAGACUCGACUCCAAACACGGCAAAAGAAGCACGCUAUCGAGUCUGGUGGUGUCUUUACACCUUUGAGCACAAGCUUGGGAUAAUGACUGGCCGGGCCACAUGCAUCCUAGAUGGCAUUUGCACCAGUCCCUUGCCGAUUCCUUUUGAAGAAGAUCACCUACAAGACCCAAUCCCAACCCAGCUACUGAACGACCCCAACAUGCGAGAUGAGAAGGUCGGAUCCGCAGUGGCGAGCAGCCUGGUCCGAUUGAUGCCACUGAAUCCAACAAAUGGCAAGGAAGCGCAUCACAGCGACCUCCCAAGAAAUACGUCUUUCCUGAAAAGCAUACCUCCAAACCAAGGCCUUUGCUUUCUUUACUAUACCGAUCUCGCCGUCAUUGCACAGGAAAUCAUCGACAAGGUCUAUUCAGCGCAAUGUGCGAUGACUCCGUGGGCGCAUAUCGAAAACCGAAUCGGAGAGCUGAAGGCUCGAAUCGACCUUUGGUACUCCUGUUUGCCAGAAGUCUACGAUUUCACCAAGAAAAAGGAUGAUGACGGGCCGGAGUUGAUCCGUGGAAAGUUACGCCUUGCAUUUCACUACUACAGCAGUCGAAUUAUUCUUGGUCGUCCGUGUCUUUGUCGCCGGGAUGCACGGGCGACAAGUCCAACAAAAAAUGAAUCUUUCAGUCACAAAAUGGCCGUCGUCGCUUUGGAGUCCGCCAUGGGGCUACUGGAUCUCAUCCCGGACGAACCCGAUGCUAUCCAACUGUACCAGAUUACCCCAUGGUGGUGUGUCCUGCACUAUAUGAUGCAAACCGUGACCGUGCUUCUCCUGGAACUAUCCUUCGGAAGCGUCCAUAUGCCUCAGAGAGAAAAGAUUAUCCUCGAAUCAACGAAAAAGGGGAUCCGUUGGCUUUUUGCAAUGUCCGAAUAUAGCACCGCCUCGCGGCGGGCAUGGCAGUUAUGCGAUAAUACUCUCCGCCGGAUCGCCAUCGGAAUGGAGUACGAUGUCGAAGACAUGCCCUCAUUCAUAUACCAGCGUAAACCGGAAUCUCCGAUCCGUGCCCCGGACGUUGAUUCAGGUCUGCCAUCUAUGGUAUCCCCCACUCCAUACUCCUGGGGUGACGGUCUGAAUGCCACCCCUACAACUAAUGGGUUUCACCAAGAAGCCCAUGGCUAUACGGUCCCACAACAGCCUCCCCUGACAUCAAAUUACAUGCAGGACGCUUUUGGCUUGGUGGAUCGGCCGAUUGAGUCGGAUACGUUCUUCCCAUAUGACCCUAUCAGUGGGGAAUUCAUCCGCUCCUUCUUCCCUAAUCCUACUGAUGGGGACCAAAAAGAUCCUUGGAUGGAGUAAGCGAUAUCAUCUAUUAUGAGGGUUUGAAUCUCUUCGGAAGUUCAAGUGCCAUGUAUUCGGAGCCAUAUAUGCCAUAUACUGUACUAUUAUACCUAGGCUUUCUAAGAAUGAACUUGAUACAGGUUAUCCUUAGAGUCAAACCUA